AUGGCCCAAUCUCAGUCUGCUCUCCUUCCUGUGAUUCUUAUACCUCCACUUCUAGACCAGGCCUUUGGAGUUCCUGAACCGACAAUGAUCUUAAGAGAUUGCGAUGACCUCCCACCCUUCACGCUUAUUCUCGACUGGAAAUGUCCUGCCUGCUCCGAGGAUCAACCCUAUGCGGCUUACAAAAAGGACUCAGAACCUGACGAGCACAGUCAGAAUCAUCAAUUCGCUACUUCGUUUCCAUUGAUGGAGCUGCGAUACAUAGACCAGCCAAGGUACCUAAUAUGGCCUGCGGUGACAGCAUCCGAAGAAUAUAAGGAUCUUUUCACGCAGAGCAUGCAGCUGCUGGCGUCUAAAUGCGAAUAUGCGGCACAAUGGCAGCCUGGCAUGGGACAGAAGGCUUAUUUAAAGGUUGUGCCCGGCCCAAUAAUGAGCCCAGUGCAGGAUCUUGCAAAAUACGAAGUCCCGCUCUUUUUCAUUCGACCAUCGAAGACAGUCUGGGAUAGGAUCGAUGCAAAGAUCAUCUUCUUUGAACGCGAGCAGUUACCGUCUAUUUGUAUCCUUUUGAAUCCGCCGUCAGACGAGUGCUUCAUGAUACACGAUGUAGAAGAGGGACAUGAGGAAUUCAUGCAAGAUUCUCAUGAGGGUGAUAUCAAUGCGAAGGAGCCCCCAGAAUACCUCCAAGAAAACCUGGACAGUCAGAAUGCUCAGGCAAAUGCCGUGCUAGCGCCUAACCCUGCCCUAGACAAUUCAAUGCAGCUAUUCAUUGCGGGAGUCCCAGAUCCUACCCUCCGGCAUCUUGCUGUCUAUGCAUUCAGAAUAUUAAGGUGCUACAAGAUACAUUAUUUGCACACUACGCUACUGCGUUCAUAUCUGAAAGACGAAAGAAUAUGGGACACAGAUAUUUGGAAGGUCCCAAAAUACAGAGACUCAAUUCCCCUGUGUACUGCACAGUGGUGGGAUCCCGAAAGGACUAUCGAUUCCCUUAACGGUCCUUUCCGUGGUAGACAAACAGAGCUGCUACACUUGAAGCAUCUCAAUCCGAAGGAACUGCUCAAACUCCUUAUUAACCAUUACACAUUCUUGGACUACGAAGAUCUUGACAUGUCCGCAAGCUCUACUCAAUUUCGACUCAUUGAGUGUGACAUUUCUAAGGAACACGAAGUGCCAAUGAAUUGGAAUUUUCACCACACAGCAUUGGUUGCAGAGGAGUGCCCGUCUUUUUGCUACAUUUAUGAUUUUGCAUCGGAUUCCCCAGACGCACGACCUCAAUGUGAGAUCAUUUGCCUGAACGGCAGGGAAGUAGCGAUACCUGUCUCCAUAAUUGCCACCUUGAAGGAUUUGAUGAAGGAAACAGAGAGAUCGAGUGAAAGCGUUGCCAAAUUCUACUUUUUCCUACAACAUCUGUGCGUCAAUACUGCCAGCCGUGACGAAUUCAAUCAUCAUGAACCACUAUAUCCUAGGAUUCGCGACCAAGCUAAAUCGUCGACGUUUACUUUGAUGGGCGGCAACUGCUCCUCGCUUCUGAAAGUACGUCACCAGGGCAGCUUUUACAGCCCUCUUAAGAAAGACAUUCAUCAGAUUCGACUGCUUCGAUUAAAGCCCUGCCACAGUCCCGAUGCCCUUCUGGAGGCUGAGAUGAUUACCACAGACCUUGAGAGCGCACCCAAAUUCAUCGCCAUAUCACACGACUGGGAGACAAGUGGUACACCGAGAAUGAUCAUAUUAGAGGGACGAGAAUUUUUGAUAUCCAACGAGUUGGAUUCUGCGCUAAGACAGCUGCGACGCGUCUCAGAAGGUAGCUAUGUGUGGGUAGAUUUUCUGAGCAUCCACCAGCUAGAUCUUGAUGAGCGCGCUUCUCAGACGAAUUUGUUGCCAUACAUUUACGGGUCAGCCGACUAUGUAUUUGUGUGGCUUGGAGAGAUAAAGGGCGACUUUGUUCGCAUACUGAACGCUCUCAGUCGCAUAAAGAUUCCUCCUUUCAUUACUGAAUUGCCUGGACUGUACGUUGAGAUAAUCCGGUCUUUACUCGACAUCGAAGGGGCCAUAGAAAGUGUCAGAGGAUUUCUCGAAUCACAGUGGUGGAAGAGGAUCUGGAUGAUACAGCCAUUUGUCCUCGCAAAGUCUUUGGAGCUCUACACUGGAACAGCCAUGAUUGAAUGGGAGGUUUUCGGCAAGGCGAUAAAAGUGCUCCACGCGUACGUUUUCUUGACCCCCGCAAGCUCCGAGGUUCGCCAGACUGCUGCAUUUCAGCAAAUCUUACCUCUUAUUCAAAAUGUGCACGAGAUAUCCAUGCUGCGAGAGUGGCACAGGCUCGACGAUGAUUCGUCUCCUGCAAUAGCCAGGGCGAAGGACUAUUUGCUAUACUGUCUGUGGCUCCUUUAUUCUCGCGAGUAUAGCGAUGCACGCGACAUCAUAUACACUGCGUGCAUGCUUGCCCAGCGGAAUGCACCAAUUCUUCGCCUGAGCUACAGAAGUACGAUUAGGGAAGUCUAUCAUGACGCUGCUGUAGCGAUAAUCACCUAUUAUGGGGACCUGAAAUUGUUGUCACACACACUUUUCUCCCGCAGACGUCAUGAAUCAAGGAAAGCCAACUCAGACGUUCCUAUUGACCCCUCCUACUACUGGCCUAGUUGGGUCCCUGAUUGGCGUCUCCGCCCAUGGGGUCUAGGAUCAACGACAUUUGAUCUUAGCGAUUUCGUGUUAUCUCCACAGCUUGUUUUCAAUGCAUGCGGUGGUCUCAAGGCGCAAUUCAUAUUUUCAGAUAAUUCCAAAAUCCUCAACGUUGUUGGAGUACAAGUCGGAAGAAUCAACAAAGUGUUUAGGGCGACAGAAGCCCACGACUCUGUUGACCCGGUCAGACAACAAAGUCCUGACACUGACUGGGGGCUGCUACGCCUCACACCACCGUUAGGCCAACAGCAAUACAUUGCUGGCGGCUCCUGGGCAGCAGCUUGGAUUAACACAUGUGAGAUUAUGGAUCGGGAAUCGUACCCUGGGACCGGCAAAAGGACACUUCGUCUUCCGGAGAAUGGCUUUGAGAAUGUUUUACGGAGCAUGAACUAUCAUGGUCAAAGACCUCCAGAGACUGUUACUAAUGAUACAGGAACAUACCAAUACGGAUCCCCCGAGCCUCUUAGUUGGGAUGGAAUCAAUGUCAUCCUUAAGCCUCAAAGGGUCAAGACCCCCAGAGGAGAAUCAUUCGUUGAGGAGCGAUUCCAUCUCAUCUCGCUAGAUUCAGGUCACGUUGGCUUCGGCGGGUACGCCGUCCGAGAAGGAGACUUCAUGUACACGGCAUCAUGA